AAUUUUCUCCCUAGGUUAAUAUUAAGCACGUUAACAUUAUUGAAUUCAUAACAUAGGCACUAUUCAGAUUAGAUAAGUAUUCACUGCCAGUAUAUUAUUUAUAUUUGCGUAUCUGCUUCUUAUUUUCAAUGGAUAUCGCUUAUUCUUAUUUAGAAGGAAUCGAUCUUACAGCUAUAUUUAUAUUUCUGAUAAUAUUUCUUGCGACAGUUUUAUGGAUGACAUGUCCAAAAUCGGAUAUCCCAGGACCACGAGCAUGGCCUAUUUUCGGAAAUAUUCUCCUUGUAAGUCAGUUUAAUAGUUCCCCAAAGAGGGCCAAGUUUGUGGAGGACAUGACGAGGAAGUAUGGACCAAUAUUUCGAAUGUUUUUAGGACCAUACCAGAUCGUGAUUGUACAGGGUCAUAAACAUGUGCUAGAUGUUUUGCAGAAACGAGGAAAGGAAUUCAUAGACAGACCCACCUUUAUACCAGGAGUCAAAUUAGCUCGGAAAGUAAUAGGAGGAAGUGGGAUUGUGUUUGCUAAUGGAGAUGACUGGAAAGGAAGAAGACGAUUCUCAUUACAAGCAAUGCGAGAUUUUGGUGUGGGAAAAUCCUCGCUGGAAGAAAAGAUCUUGGAAGAAAUGCAGAAUGUUGCAGACGAUCUGGAAAAAAUGAAGGGAGUAGAGAUAUCCAAUUUAAAGGAAAUGAUGACAAAGGCUAGCUGCAAUGUUAUACAUAGUCUUAUAUUCGGAUACAGAUACAAACAUGACAACGAAUCACUCCAACAACUCAUCAAGACAAUGGACAACAUAUUUUCAGGUCCUGGUGCUUUAUCAGCGUCGGGAAUAUUUCCGGUUCUGAAUUUGAUAAUGAAAGACAAUCUUAAGAUAAGGAGAGAUGGCUUUUCUACUCUUAAAAAGUAUAUUGAAAAACACAUAACCGAACACCGGGAGACAUUUGACCCUGAACACAUUCGAGAUUUUAUAGAUAUGUAUGUAGAAGCCGAAAAAGAGGAGAGUGAACGAACGUCUGCUUUGAAUCCGGCGGCGUUGUUAGCAUCAAUUAUGGACUUGUUUGCUGCUGGAACUGACACGACUUCAACUACGCUUGAUUGGUCAUUCAAAUGGAUGAUUCAACACCCGGAUGUGCAAAAGAGGUGCCAAGAGGAAAUUACAAAGGUAGUAGGACCAGGAAGAAUGGUUCGAUUAUCAGAUAGACGUCAUUUGUCAUACACCGAGGCUACUUUGAUGGAAAUACAAAGACUGUCAAAUACAGCUAUUUUCACCAUUCCUCACGUAGCAGUUUGUGAUACAACAAUCAAUGGGUACAAAAUACCUAAAAAUACGAUUCUUAUACCUAGCCUGAUCUCUGUACAUUUUGAUGAAACAAUCUGGAGAGACCCUAAGGUGUUUAAUCCAGAGAGGUUUCGCAAUCAAAGCAAUGACAUUAUCAACAAAGAAAACUUGAUACCUUUUUCGUUAGGCCCACGGAUCUGCCCUGGAGAAUCGUUAGCACGAUCAGAGUUGUUUCUAAUCUUUUCAAACCUUCUACAUAGAUUUGAAUUCUCUAAAGUCAACCAAGAUGAUAUUUUAUCAUUCGAAGGGAUAACCGGAAUUACGACGACACCAUCGCCAUACCGACUUAUAGCUGAUCUGAGAUAAAUCGACGUUAUGUCUGCGAGUCAAACAAAACAUCAUUUUAAAAUACAUUCAGUAAACUCAUAUUAUUUUAACUUAUUAUGUAUCAUUAAAUACAAAGUAUUUUGUUUAUA